AUGUUACAGAAUCCGACGACUGUACUUCGGAAACGAGAGAAAAUCAGCGUUGCGAAAGAGAAACGAGCAGCAAAGACGAUUGCUGUCAUAAUUUUUAUAUUCUCAUUCUGCUGGCUACCAUUUUUCUGCGCCUACGUUAUACUUCCAUUUUGCGAGACGUGCUCGCUGCAUCCAAAGGUGAACCAAGCAUUUACGUGGCUGGGAUACAUCAACUCGUCUCUCAAUCCCUUUCUUUAUGGAAUACUCAACAUAGAAUUUCGAACAGCAUUUAAGAAGAUACUUUGUCCUAAGGCUGUACUGGACCAGCGGCGACGGCGAUUAAGUGCGCAGCCCUAA